AUGGGUCCAAUUAGUGCAGCCUCGGUGUCUAGUGACAACGCAUUGGUUGAAUCUGGCACAAUUGAGAUAACUGGGAAGAUUAUGGUGGUGGCUAUAAUAUUCCUUUUCAUGGUGGUUGUGUUUGUUCUUGUGCUUCAUCUAUAUGCAAGAUGGUUCUGGUGGAGCCUGGAGGAGAACGCCGCUCCUCAGCCUCGCCAGCGGCGUCGGAGGCGCCGCCGGUUUGUCUUCACCCCGGGGCAAGAACCGGUGAUCUAUGAGACUCACCAAGUUGGACUUGACCCUUCAGUUUUAAAGUCCUUGCCAGUGUUGGUGUUCCAACAUGAGGACUUCAAAGAAGGUUUGGAGUGUGCAGUUUGUCUCUCUGAGAUUGUUCAAGGGGAAAAGGCCAGGCUUUUGCCCAAAUGUAAUCAUGGAUUUCAUGUGGAUUGCAUUGACAUGUGGUUCCAUUCACACUCUACUUGUCCUCUUUGUAGGAACCCGGUUGCUUAUGAAUCCUCUAAAAAAAGUGAAGAGAAUAAUUUCUCAGGGAACAUGGAGUCAUCAUCAUCAUCCCAUGAAGAGAAUUCAGGUGCUGUGAGCGGCUUGGAGUCUUCAAUUUUUCCCACAAAUGUGUUGGUUUGGGGGAACCAGACACAAGUUAGAUCUUUUGGGGUUUCCUUGGAAGAUGAAGAAGAAGGGAGUUCUCAGCAGCCACCCUGUUCUCCAUCUUUUACACCAUCUUCUUCUUCCGAUGGUUGUAAUGUUAAUGGUAGGUGUCAUGGAAUGUUGGUGAUUGAUAUUCCAAGUGAGUGCACUUCUUCCUCUUUAUCCCCUUCUGGAAGUAGGUGUGCUGAAGACGAGGUGAAAUCACCAAUGGCUGCCACAUUGAGGUCAUUUAAGAGGCUUUUGAGCAGGGACAAAAAGUUAAGUCCUUGCACUCCAAGUUCUGUAGAUGUGGAACAAGCACAAAGCUAG